AUGGCUAAACGUACAGUAAAUGUCCUAAUUUCAAAUGAUGACGGCCCUCCAUCUGCUGCAUCGCCAUUCCUGGAAACAUUUGUCGACACUUUGAAAACAACGCUUGGUUGGAAUUUCAAAGUCGCCAUUCCAAAUUCUCAACGGUCUUGGAUUGGCAAAGGGUUUCUGCUUUCUAAUGAGAUUACUCUAUCGUACUUUGACCGUCGAACAGGUCUAGUCACAAACGCAAAACCUGCCUCUGAAGACGAUGAACAGGUUUGGACACUCUUGGACGCGACACCUAGUGCGUGUGUCAACAUAGGGCUCCAUAAUGUAUUCAAUAUCGACGAUAUUGACCUCGUCAUCAGCGGGCCAAACUUUGGAAGAAACGCGUCCAAUUACUCCACAUUGUCAUCCGGAACUAUAGGAGCUGCCAUAGAAGGUGCUCUGCUCGGCAAGAAAUCCAUUGCCCUGUCAUUCGCAUUCUUUUCUUUUGAUGAUACCAAAAACCAGGCAAACGUCAACCGAGCUUGUAACCAAGCUGUUCACGUUAUAAAAAACCUAUGGGAGAAUUGGCCUGAGGAUCAUGCUGAACUAUACAAUGUGAAUAUUCCUGUGAUUCCAGACGGUCCUGUUCCUCUCAUACACUUUACGACAAUUCACAGGAAUAACUUUGGUGGUGUCUUUGAGGAACACGUUGAUGAAAAGGAUGGCAAAACAAAGUUCAGAUUCCGUCCUAAAAUGCCAAACACAGAAAUACCAGAGGGAACUGACCUGUGGGCAGUCCUCAACAAGCAAAUCUCCAUAACACCAAUGCGUGCAGCAUUCGACAUUGUCUCGCACGACUUGGAUCAAAUGAAUGGCCGCAUAUUCCCAAAGAUAUAA